AUGGGAGGUUGCAUUGGAAUAACAAGAAGUGGAAGUGGACACAUGGAAGAGUCUUCGGCCACGGUGUCUCGGCCCAAUUCGGGUGGGCUGAGGAAAAAUCAGUCGCUGUCUCAUGAGACUAUACGAUGGAAAUCGGACGUGCCAUUAACGGAAGGACAGUUACGAAGUAAGAGAGAUGAAUUUUGGGACACAGCGCCGGCGUUCGAAGGGAGAAAAGAGAUCUGGGACGCACUACGGGCUGCCGCAGUAGCUGCAGAAGCAAUGGACUUCCAACUGGCGCAGGCUAUCCUUGACGGCGCCAGUGUGUCAGUCCCAAAUGGUUACCUCACGGAGUGCUAUGAUGAAUGGGGAACCAGAUACCAGGUCCCAAUAUACUGUCUAUCACCACCUAUAAACAUGGUGAAGGAAGCCAGCGGGCGGGACUCGCCGGCGGAAUGGUCGGAGCCGGUGGAAGGAGGAGCGGAAGUCUCGCUGAGGCUGCGACUGUCCAGCACGUGCAAGGACGUAGACUUGGCCGUGUACUCGAGACACACUGUAGCGCAGUGCAAGAACAAAUUACAUGCUCAAGAAAACAUCGAACCGUGGCGCCAGCGAUGGUUCUACGGUGGCAAGCUCCUCGGUGACCGUCUGUUGAUUGAGGAGGCGAAGAUCACGCCGGGCUACGUGGUGCAGGUCAUCGUCAGCACCGACCCCCAGCCGCCGAGCUAG